AUGACACCAGCGCUAAGCCGUCUGCGGACGGUUAGCACGUUCGUGCUUUUAAUCCCCGUCGCAAUGUCCAUGGUGGUGAUCGAUAGCAAUCCUCAUUCAGAUCAUUUAGAUCUUUCAACGGAUCCUCUUGGGGACACAACGACGGAACUGAACUUGUACUCCCUCCCCGAUAACAGCACCGUAGCCGUGCCGAUACACUUAACGCUGGAUGAAAGGAUAGAGCUGGAGAAGCUCACCUGGCAUUGGUACCCCUGGCGAAGAAUCAGCUAUGACGUGCUGCCCGACGGCAAGAAGGUUGAAAUGUUUUGCUCGGGAGGUUCCUCGAUGGAUGAUUUGCCCGAUGACAUCUUUACGCAGGAACAACGGUUGCAGGGCGCAAUCGUGCUGCAUUUCGUCGGUGCGAUCUACUUCUUCACGAUGGUGGCGUACAUCUGCAGCGAAUAUUUCCUACCUUCGGUCGAAUGUAUCUGCGAGGAUCUUAAUCUGACACAGGAUGUUGCCGCCGCUACCUUCAUGGCCGUCGCCUCCACGAUGCCGGAGUUUUUCACCAACACGAUCAGUACGUUCAUUGCAGACUCCGAUAUGGGGCUCGGUACGGUGAUGGGUUCGCUACUGUUCAACACACUCGGUGUGGCAGGAUUAGCUGGCUUGGCGACGAAGGCGCCCGUCCAGCUGGACUGGUGGCCGCUAACACGCGACUCGAUCGUGUUCUCCGCCCACGUCGCCCUGCUGAUCGGGUUCGCGUGGGACGGUCGAAUCUACUGGUACGAGGCGAUGGUGUUCUUCAUCCUGUUCUUCGUCUACUUUGUGCUGAUGUUCCAAAACAAACGUCUCAUGAAGAUUGCCAAGAAGUACAUUGAGGUGAAGUGGAAUCUUUGCGCGCGAGUUAUCCGCAACAUCGAGGAGGACGAGCGGAUUGCAGCCGAGGCACAGGCACAGCAGGAAAUUGCUACCAUUCCCAAUCUGGCGCGAAAAACGCUUGAAAAGCCCGCGUUCCGUGCAUCGACAGCUUCCAUUCUGUCGGAGCAGAUGGCAGAAACGAAGAUGAAGAUGGGCGAACUGCAGAUUCCCUCCCGGCACGUCGUGGAUGACCCGGGCGAGUACGACGAUAUGACGCUGUGGAAGAUCUCGUCCGAAACUUGGUAUCGUGCGAUCUGGUGGUGGUACAGCUGGCCACUCCGGUUCGUCACUAAUUUCACCAUCCCGCCGCUGCCGCAAAUGCGCCGCUGGUACCCCCUUACCUUCAUCAUGUGCAUCAUCUAUCUGGCCGGCUGCGCGUUCAUGAUCUUCUGGCUGCUCUCCAUCAUUGGCUACACGUUCGACAUUCCGGAGUCGGUCAUGGGGCUUACGUUCCUGGCGUUCGGUGGCUGCAUGCCGGAAGCGGUCUCGGCCGUACUGGUCAUUCGCUCCGGCAGUGGUGCGAUGGGCGUUUCGAACGCGAUGGGUGCGAACUCCCUCGCGAUCCUGUUUUCGCUCGGGUUGCCCUGGUUCAUCCGCACACUGGCCGAUGGUGGCAGCGGUACCAAUGCGUACCUGGUGAUUGCCUCAUACGGGCUGCAGUACUCAAUCAUUAUGCUGCUCGGUGCGAUUGCUUGGCUGUACGUGGUGAUCUACGUCGCCGUGUACAAGCUGCGCAAGCGCGUCGGUAUGGUGCUGUUCGUCGGGUACGGCAUCAUCGUUGCGUUCAUGAUAUUAAACGAGCUCGAUAUCAUCAUUCCCUCCGGCGAGGAGUGUUAGCGGGAGCGAAGCUGCCAAUCCCAGAUAUGUCGGUACCCUCAACUCCCCUCCAAAACCUCCCAUCCCGUUUGCAGAGCUCGGCCACUUAUACUCUCAAUCAGGGUAACCAUACCAGGUGGAAUGCUCCCUCAGCAAAAUGCUCAAAAACCUCCCCCAACAAGCGGAAGUAUCCAGAAGCUCAAGAAAAAUGGUAUUUGGGUGACGACUAGUGGUUAAGAUCGCCUGCUUAAUACGAAUUUAUUAGGAUUCCCGAUCUACUUGCCUUGCCUACACGUUGAAGGUGUUUCCCGAGGCACAGUCCCUCCUCUCCGGCCCAACAGUAUCAGUGCUGCCUUACGGUACAUCUAAUGAUUAGCUGAGUAUUAGUUAAGUGUAGAACGCUUAAACCUUAUACAGCACUAUCUUGCUAUCAAAUCGCCUUUAAUCCCCAACACAGCAGGAUCUUCCUUUUCGUUGUCCAGGCCGUGAUGCUGGUUUGUGUUUGCAUGCGCAUUUGUGUGAUAUUUACGUUUGACCCUUAUGAAUACGGCAGACCUGCCGAUCGGAUUUACAUUAUCCACUAUUGUUGAUGUCUAUUUGUUGUGACUACAAUUUCGAUUUUCAGUGCAUGUUUGAACUUUUCAUUUGAUUGUUUGCUUGAUUCAUCAUCAAGCUGUUUGCUGGUGGUGGACGGCGGCAUACUAGUGUGUCGUUUUUGGUUUCUAAAUUUUUGAUCUACAACUAUCGUCUAUUAACUUAACCGCAAAGGGAUGUAGACGUGAUAGAGGGCGACAAAAACAAACAGCGUUGCAUGCGGACAUUGAAAAGGAAGCCCCGGCUAGGUUUUUUUUUGCAUUUAUUGCAAAGGAAGUGAACGUAAACUUAACCAGGGGUGCGUUGGAAACACUAUUACGGUUUAUAUAACACGCCGUCGCGAAUAUUGAAAAUAUUUGACACGGUUCGCAAUCAAAAUAAAAUACUCUUUAGCGAUUUAGAAACAGCGCCCAAUA